CGCGCCCUCGCCGCCAGCCCCCGCCUGGACGGUUUCCCGAAGAGACGGUGGACAGUGGCCCGAGCCACCGCCCCGAGCUCUGGCCGCCUCAGCCAUGAGGUGGGCACCCGGCGGGCGGAGCGGGCCCCGGGGGCCCCCCUGAAGCCGUGGUGACGAGGGACGAGGCCGCCGGGCGCCGAAGGGGGCACCAUGGACAAGUUCCGGAUGAUCUUCCAGUUCCUGCAGUCCAACCAGGAGUCCUUCAUGAACGGCGUCUGCGGCAUCAUGGCCCUGGCCAGCGCCCAGGUGUACUCCGCCUUCGAUUUCAACUGCCCCUGCCUGCCCGGCUACAACGCGGCCUACAGCGCGGGCAUCCUGCUGGCGCCGCCGCUCGUGCUCUUCCUGCUCGGCCUGGUCAUGAACAACAACGUGUCCGUGCUGGCGGAGGAGUGGAAGCGGCCGCCGGGCCGCAGGGCCAAGGACCCCGCCGUGCUGCGCUACAUGUUCUGCUCCAUGGCCCAGCGCGCCCUCAUCGCACCCGUCGUCUGGGUGGCCGUCACGCUGCUGGAUGGCAAGUGCUUCCUCUGUGCCUUCUGCACCGCCGUACCAGUGACCGUGCUGGGCAACGGCAGCCUGGCCCCUGGCCUGCCUCCACCCGAGCUCGCCCGCCUGCUGGCCCGGGUGCCCUGCCCUGACAUCUAUGACGGCGACUGGCUGCUGGCCCGCGAGGUGGCCGUGCGCUACCUGCGCUGCAUCUCCCAGGCACUGGGCUGGUCCUUUGUGCUGCUGACCACGCUGCUGGCCUUCGUCGUGCGCUCCGUGCGACCCUGCUUCACACAGGCUGCCUUCCUCAAAAGCAAGUACUGGUCCCACUAUAUUGACAUCGAGCGCAAGCUCUUUGAUGAGACGUGCACAGAGCACGCCAAGGCCUUCGCCAAGGUCUGCAUCCAGCAGUUCUUUGAGGCGGUGAACCAUGACCUGGAGUUGGGUCAUGCCCACGGGGCACUGGCCACAGCCCCUGCUGGCUCAGCUGCCCCGGCGACCACUGACGGGGCUGAGGAGGAGAGGGAGAAGCUGCGCGGCAUCACGGAUCAAGGCACCAUGAAUAGGCUGCUCACGAGCUGGCACAAAUGCAAGCCGCCCUUGCAGCUGGGCCAGGAGGAGCCACUGAUGGGCAACGGCUGGGCAGGAGGCAGGCCCCGGCCUCCACGCAAGGAGGUGGCCACCUACUUCAGCGGAGUGUGAACCGUGGCCAAGUGAAGAAACGGGAAUGGGGUAUGAGCCCACAGCCUCUCAGACCCCCAAACCAGAUGGAAAAUGAAGCCUGCAGGUGUGGGUGGUAAGCCCCUAGAGCAGACCUACGCGCCCAGGCAUUCACCUGCCCGUAGAAGCAGGAAACUUGGAGCUGGAAGGGGACAGCAAUCCUCCAGCUGUGACCCAGCAGUAUUAGUCAGAAGGGUUCAGAACUGGCUGGGGAGGGACAAGCCCCCACCUGCCCAGCCCCUCUCCAGCUACUUCAGCCCUGCCUCACUGUCUCCUCUCAGGUCCUACAGCCACUCUGGCUGUGAAUUUUUACAACCUCUGUCCCUCAUCCUCAAGGCUCAGGGAGUGGGAGGGCGUCCAGCUGCCUCACAAAGCAGGAAUCCUCUGCUUUUGGUUAGGCUCCUGAAUGAGGCUGAGAGUGGGUUGUAAGGACAUGGCACACAGCUUCACCUGAUGUAACACACCUGCUGCGACAGGGGAUGAGACAAGAUGCCAGAAGUUAGGUCUACUCAGGAGAAACCAGAGUGUGUGCUCACCAUGGAGGCCACCCUAUAAUCGUCAAGUGGAUUGCACGUUUAUUUAAUACUGAGCACUAAGUCUUCCUGUCUUACCCAUUUGAGAGGCUACAACCAAACACCUACACCUCAGAGACUGAGUAGCUUAUAUGCAACAGUUUACUUCUCAUAGUUCUGGAAGCUGGAAGUCCAACAACAUGGCUCUGGCAUGGUCACGUU